CCGUCUCGCGAGGAGACGCUCUUUCUGCCGCGUGCGCUAACCGCAGACGAACGCAGCCCGGGGGAGUCGGUCAUGCGUGGCGCGUGCUACACCAACCGCACUUUCGUGGACGACGACGGGCGCGCAGCGCGAGACGCACCGACACCAAGGGUGACUUCUGACUGCUCCCAAAUGCUCAGUGGGGUUGUGCUCAAUGUUCAGGGACUGAAGAUGGCCACUGGUGAACCUGAUGUCCCACCCCUCCAAGGUCGUGCCCGUUUCCGAGAACUGUUGCUGGGCGACCAGCCAUGUCAAAGUGAGGACAGGGUACAUGUGGAGUUCUAUGUAAACGAGAACACCUUCAAGGAGAGACUCAAGCUAUUCUUCAUUAAAAACCAGCGCUCCAGUCUGCGCAUCCGUAUCUUUAACUUCUGUCUGAAGGUUCUGACAUGUGUGCUUUACAUCAUACGAGUGAUGACCGAUAACCCAGCUCAUCUCCGCAACACAUGUAUGAAAUGCAGCAACAUUUCUCAGAAUGAUGAGAUAAACUGGGAGCUAAUCUUGUGGGUGGAUAGAAAAACCCCUGUGUGGGCAAUCCAGGUGAUAGUUGCAUCAAUAAGUUUCCUGGAGGCCAUGCUGCUCAUGUACCUCAGCUACAAGGGUAACAUCUGGGAGCAAAUAUUCCAGGUGGCAUUCCUACUGGAAAUGUUAAAUACCGCCCCCUUCAUAAUCACGAUCUUCUGGCCAACUCUGAGAAACCUCUUUAUCCCCGUCUUUCUCAACUGCUGGCUGGCCAAGCAUGCUCUGGAAAACAUGAUCAAUGACUUACACCGUGCCAUCCAGAGGACACACUCUGCCAUGUUUAACCAGGUCCUGAUACUUAUCUGCACACUGCUCUGCCUCGUCUUCACUGGCACGUGUGGGAUACAGCAUUUGGAGCGAGCUGGGAGAAACCGCCUCUCUCUCUUUAAUGCUCUUUAUUUUUGCAUUGUCACGUUUUCCACGGUGGGUUUUGGUGAUGUGACACCUCAGAUAUGGCCUUCACAGCUGCUUGUAGUGGUGAUGAUCUGUGUGGCGUUGGUGGUGCUUCCCUUACAGUUUGAAGAACUGAUUUAUCUGUGGAUGGAGAGGCAAAAGUCUGGAGGAAACUACAGCAGACAUCGUGCCCAAACAGAGAAACAUGCUGUGCUCUGUGUCAGCUCUAUUAAAAUCGACCUACUCAUGGACUUCCUCAAUGAAUUCUACGCUCACCCACACACACAGGAUUAUUACGUGGUUAUUCUGUGUCCAUGUGAGGCCGACAGUCAAGUUAGAAGAGUUCUGCAGAUUCCACUUUGGUCUCAGAGAGUCAUAUACCUGCAAGGUUCUGCCCUUAAAAACCAAGACCUCCUUCGAGCCAAGAUGGAUGAUGCAGAGGCUUGUUUUAUUCUCAGCAGCAGAAAUGAAGCGGACCGAAUGGCUGCAGAUCAUCAAACGAUACUGAGAGCAUGGGCAGUAAAGGAUUUCGCCCCAAACUGCCCCCUAUAUGUCCAGAUCCUUAAACCUGAAAACAAGUUCCACGUCAAAUUUGCGGACCAUGUGGUGUGUGAGGAGGAGUUUAAGUACGCGUUAUUAGCUCUGAACUGCCUGUGUCCGGCCACGUCCACUCUCGUCACUCUGCUUGUCCACACAUCCCGUGGACAGGAAGGUCAGCAAUCUCCUGAGGAGUGGCAGAGGAUGUACGGCCGCUGUUCUGGGAAUGAAGUCUAUCACAUCCGACUGAGUGACAGCAUGUUCUUCAGAGAGUUUGAGAACAAGAGUUUUACCUAUGCUGCAUUCCAUGCACACAAAAAGUAUGGAGUUUGUUUGAUAGGAAUAAAGAGAGAAGAUAAUAAAAUCAUCCUGCUGAACCCUGGUCCUCGUCAUCUUAUGGCUGCUGGAGACACUUGCUACUACAUCAACAUCACUAAGGAAGAAAACUCUGCAUUUACUGUCAGACAGGAAACACAUCACAGCAAGAAACAGCAAAAUAGUAACAUUUUCAACAGCCCCUCUGAGCUCCCUGUGCACAGUAUCAUUGCUAGCAUGGGAACCGUUGCAAUGGACUUUCAGAACACUAGCCCAACUGGAAACACAGCCAAACUGGCACCGCCCUCAGAGAAUGGACCAGAAAGUCGCCGUACCAGCAUCGCUCCUGUUCUGGAGGUUGCAGACUCUGCCUCCUUACUGCCAUGUGACCUCCUCAGUGACCAGUCAGAAGAUGAAACUGCACACUCAGAUGAGGAUGUUCCCUCUGUCUCUGAGUGUGUGAAGGGAUAUCCUCCCAACUCACCCUACAUAGGCAGCUCACCAACACUGUGCCACCUCCUGCUCAAUAAAGCCCCGUUCUGCUGCCUGCGUCUUGACCAGGCAUGUGAGCAUGUUAGCUUUGAGGAAGCUAAAGCAUAUGGCUUUAAAAACAAGCUCAUCAUCGUGUCAGCUGAGACAGCAGGAAACGGCCUAUACAACUUCAUUGUGCCUCUGAGAGCCUAUUACAGACCCAGAAGAGAACUGAACCCAAUCGUACUGCUACUUGAAAACCUGCCAGAUGAGCAUUUUCUGGAAGCCAUUUCCUGUUUCCCAAUGGUCUACUACAUGGUUGGAACCAUUGACAACUUGGACAACUUGUUACAGUGUGGGGUGUUGUAUGCUGAUAACCUGGUGGUGGUGGAUAAAGAGAGCACAAUGAGCGCUGAGGAGGAUUACAUGGCUGACGCUAAAACUAUCGUCAAUGUUCAGACCAUGUUCAGGUUGUUCCCCAGUCUCAGUAUCAUUACAGAGCUGACUCAUCCGUCCAAUAUGCGCUUCAUGCAAUUCAGAGCAAAGGACAGCUACUCCCUUGCUCUAUCCAGACUGGAGAAGAAGGAGCGUGAUAAAGGCUCUAAUCUGGCCUUCAUGUUCCGCUUGCCAUUUGCUGCUGGGCGAGUCUUCAGCAUAAGCAUGCUGGAUACACUCCUCUACCAGUGUUUCGUGAAGGACUACAUGAUCUCGAUUACACGUCUGCUGUUGGGGCUCGAUACCACGCCCGGAUCAGGAUACCUGUGUGCUAUGCGUGUGCGUGAGUGUGACUUGUGGAUCCGCACGUAUGGAAGACUGUUCCAGAAGCUUUGCUCCACAAGCUCUGAGAUCCCUUUUGGAAUUUAUCGCACUGAGUCCCACAUGUUUCUGUCAUCUAAGUCCCAAUGUACAGGUAGCGCAGAAGGAUGGGCAGACACCAAGGAGAAGGGGGAGGAGCCAAAAGUACUGAUGCAUAGUUCUUCAGGAACUGACCAAUCAGAACCCUCCCUUUUGAGGAGGAAAAGCAUGUACUGGACAAGGCGCCUGAGUAGACGAGCCAUGAAGAGGAGCGACUCAAUUUUCUCCAGCCAGACCAAACAUGGGAUGUCCCGACUCUCAGAGAGGGCGGAGUUAACUGAGCUUGUCAGAAAUCGCAUGCAGCACCUAGGCCUACACACAGGAUUCAAAGACGUGACCAUCCUGACAGCAAGUGAUGUCAUGAACAGAGUCAAUUUAGGUUACUUACAGGGUGAGCUGAAUGACCAGCAGAACUCUCUAUCCUACGUGCUUGUUAAUCCCGGCCCUGACACACCUAUCCAGCUACACGAUGUCGUGUUCCUGAUCCGGCCUGAUCCACUGGCUCAUAUUCCAGAUGAGAACACAUCCCGGACAAGUCAAAACUAAACCACAUUUAACCGAAAAAUCUUGCAGAUGUGAACAAAUGCCCUGAAAUUAUUUUUUAAAAGUUUAAGUUUGGAAUUUACUGUAAAUUUCUGAGUCAUUACUGUGACACUUAGACAGAACUUCUCAGUCAAACCAACUCCAGCUGGUCCAACUGUUUGCUUAGUUUCAGAUUCGGAUCCACCUACAUUUUAUUAUGUGAUCAUAAAGUCCUCUAGCCACGCAGCUUUAUGACCUGUUCAGCUGUAUGCAGUAUAAAUAAGUUUUCUUUUAGACAUUUGAGUAAACAAAUUAAAAUAUUUGCUCAACACAUUAUCAAUAAUGAUGUAAUAUUAAAACAAAUGAUGCUCAUUGUCGAUAACAUGUAGUGAAAGUCAGUGCCAGGACUCAGGAAUAAAUUUAUUUUUGUAAAUCCUUACACUCAAAUUUCUGUCCAGGAAUUUGUUGCAUUUUGUUUGCUUGGCUAAUCUGAAGCUCUAUCACAUCUGUCCUCUUUCUGAAUGACUUGGAGAUUCAGGACUACGUGUAUAAGUAAUUUCCAGUCUUCGCUGUGAUGGACCUUGUAGGUUAGAAGGUUGCAUCUCAAGAUCUGUAUUAAAACACAGAGUCACUGUGUGAGGUAUAAAAACAACAACAAAAAAAGGUGGUAUUCUGUUUUUACUACAGAAGGAUGUUGUUUGGAAAGUCUUAGUGCUCUGGAAAAUGGUUGCUUAGUUACAAAAUGUCAUGGAUUUGUAAGAGUAUUAUUCUGUCUCAUGGAAGAUCACUAACAGAUGUUUAGAUUUUUUUUGUUUUUGUUUUUUAAAUCCCAGUUGUUUCAGGAGGAUAAGUUGGACUACAUAAAAUAUUAAUAAUAGUUGUAUCUCUUCUUUUUAAGCUUUGAUUUAAAAAUUAACGCGAUACAAGAAAUGUUUAAAAGCAGUAGAGAUUAUUAAACAAUAUUGUGCCUACCACUAAAACCAGAUGUGCCAAAUCUACACAAUGCUGGCAUAAUUUCUAGCCCACUGGGUAAAAACUGAGUAGUGACAAGACACAUUACAGAUCUAUUUAAUCUUUCCAAAUCCUUUGAUAAACUGGUCUCCAAAUGACUGUGCCUCUAUUUCAGUGCUGCUUUUAAAUCAACCUUGCCAGCUUCUCUUUUUGGAAUUAUUGCUACCACUUUAACAGCUGUUUCAUUAUUUUGUCAGCUUAAGUGAAGUUUAUUAGAUGACUAGCGGAUGUCAAUCAAAUUUUCUCAGAAGAUUGAAAGUGAUAGUGGGAUUAGCAGGAAUUAGUGAACUGUGGUCUCAAAUUCUGCAGAGAGUCUUUAAAAUGAGAAAAUGUAUUAAAUAUAUUUAUAUAUACACUAUAUAGUUAUAUUUCCAGCAUAUUUCUAUUGAAAUUCCAAGUCUGAAAUGUUUACCGUUGUAGUCUGAUCAGUAGAGGGCGCCAAUGAGUAUAUUUUCGAACAGAAUUCAGGAACUUGUUACCUCAUAUU